GAAAAUGGUGUUUCAUGAAGAAAGUAUGCAUAUUAUCUCUGUUCCCCCCCGUCAUUAAAUCGAUGUCUUUGCAGCCUUAUUUAGAAUGUUUUAUGUACGAACCGGUCUAGGGGAGAUACACAAAGUCAUAAACCAGCCUAUUUCUACAAUUUAUCUUCUUACAUUUUUAUUUUAAAUCUAACCAGAACCACACUGCUGACUGUAUGUCUAACCUUAACCCCAAAUUAAGACCAAAUAGCACAUUUUGGAUUUCAUAUAUUUUUACGAUAUAGCCCAUUUUGACUUUGCCGCUGGCCAUCUACUAGCUAGGUGGAUACCCAUACCAAAGAUUUGUUCUAUCUGUUCCGAUACCGGCCAAUCCAAAAUGGCGACCGCCGUUCCAGUUGAUUCGGGAUUGACUGCUCCGACAGGGUCCAGUGGGUCUCGGAAAAUGGCAUCUCCAGAGAUGCCUGGAUCAAGUCAGAGUAUGAAGAAGACCAUUGGACACAGAGGAGUUGAGACGAACACUGGAGAGACCACCUAUAAGAAGACUACGUCGUCAGCCCUGAAAGGAGCAAUUCAGCUGGGCAUCACUCACACUGUGGGCAGCCUGAGUCAGAAGGCUGAGAGAGAUGUUCUCAUGCAGGACUUUGUGGUGGUCGAGAGCAUCUUCUUCCCCAGUGAGGGCAGUAACCUGACCCCUGCCCACCAUUACAGUGAUUUCCGGUUUAAGACCUACGCCCCCAUCGCCUUCCGCUACUUCAGAGAACUAUUUGGCAUCCGGCCAGACGACUACCUGUACUCUCUGUGUAACGAUGGCCUGAUAGAGCUGUCUAACUCCGGUGCCAGCGGCUCUCUCUUCUACGUGUCCAGUGAUGAUGAGUUCAUUAUCAAGACAGUGCAGCACAAAGAGGCUGAGUUUCUCCAGAAGCUACUACCAGGAUACUUUAUGAACCUGAAUCAGAACAAACGGACCCUGCUCCCUAAGUUCUACGGUCUGUACUGCAUCCAGGCGGGAGGGAAGAACAUCCGCCUGGUGGUGAUGAACAACCUGCUGCCCCGCGUGGUCCACAUGCACCAUAAGUACGACAUGAAGGGUUCCACCUAUAAGAGACGGGCCUCAGCCAAGGAGAGGGACAAGACUUUUCCCACCUUUAAAGACCUGGACUUCAUCCAGGACCUGCCUGAUGGACUACUGCUGGAGACGGACAACUACAACGCCCUUAGCAAGACCAUCCAGAGAGACUGCCUGCUCCUGCAGAGUUUUAAAAUCAUGGACUACAGUCUACUGGUGGGGAUCCAUAACCUGGAGCAGGCUAGUAGAGAGAGGGCGAGGUGGGGGGGGCAGAUGGGGGACAGUGGGGGGUCAGAGGGGGCGGUGACUCCAGACCAGCGCCGACCCCAGGCCCAGAAAAGUCUAUACUGCACAGCCAUGGAGUCUAUACAGGGAGAGGCCCGCGGGAAGGGAGCCCUGGAGUCUGAGGACCAUAUGGGCGGGAUCCCAGCCAGGAACUCUAAAGGAGAGAGGUUGCUGGUCUUUAUCGGCAUCAUCGACAUUCUGCAGUCCUACAGGUUCAUCAAGAAGUUGGAACACUCGUGGAAGGCCCUCGUCCAUGAUGGGGAUACAGUGUCGGUGCACAGACCAGGCUUCUACGCUGAGCGCUUCCAACAAUUCAUGUGUAACACAGUGUUCAAGAAGAUCCCAUUGAAGCUCUCCCCAUCCAAGAAGUCUCGUGGUGGGGGUCCGGGGGGUCUGAGGAGAGCUCCUACCCUGGGAGGCCCCACCCCACUCUCCCACGCUGCUGGACAGUCUGUGGUGGACUCCCGACUCGUCUACCAAUCACACUUCAACAAGGCUGACGCAGAGGGAGACAGUGGCAUGCAGUCGGGCAGGCCAGACCUGGUGCCAAGGACACCUCCCCUGGCGGGAGUGUCAGGGGAUGCAGAGGCCAACUUUUCCACAUCCUCAUUAGGAAGCACAGGACUCACCUCCUCCUCUCCUCUGCUACAGUCAGUAGGGGUUGAGGUACAUAGAGCAGUAACAAGCACAGACCAAGACCACGGUGUCUCCCACAGUAUGGGUGCGGAAGUGGAAGCGUCAGGUGAGCAGUCGGGUAUUGAAGAUGCCAUCUCACUAUCAGACAUCAUCCCAGAGACUAACAUCUGCUUUUAACAACUGAUCUGGAGUCAUUGAGGAAAAGGUGAUUCUGGAACCAAGGAGGUGGGUGGAAGAGUGAGAUGGGGAGAGUAGUCUUGCAUCCUCCAUUCUCACUCUGUCGAUCCAUCCAUCCUUUUCUGCGGGGGAGGUUUGGAACAUACUUCAGGCUGACUGAACGGGAUGGGUGAAGUGAGGGAGAGUGUGACUGGGUGCCAGAGAGAGGAACAAAGAGGGAGAGAGGUGUAUAUAUGUGUGAGGAGGUGGUAGCUGUCUGAAGGCUUGGUCAGCCAGACAGACACACGGGUAUGCUGCUAGAAACCUUUCUCCAACUAAGUUACAGGAGUCUCUGUGUCAUGAAACCCACAUACACUGUCCCACCUAUCACAAAGUCUGAAGGGGAGAGGGACGUGGGCUUAGACACCCCUGUAUCAACAGUGUGGAGGAGGAACACCAUGCUCUAUGUCACUCUCUGUUCUGUUACUUUGUGCAUUCCUUCUUGUGGACAGUAUUAGGGUUCCGUUUUGAGUGACUCCAAUCAUAAUAUCUCAUAUGUUAUCAUUCUACAUCUGUCCACACAGCCAGGAGAUGGGACGGACAGGAAAAUCAUCUCUAUAUGUAGUGUUUUUUUAUUAUUUUUAUUAUGACCACACUUUUACUGCUGUGGACAGAACAUAUGACUUCAUCACACAGACCUUCUAUUCUUUUAGAUUAUGGAUGUAUACAGUAGCUGACUGACUGGAGUUCGGGGCAGGAAUGUACAGGCCAGAGCUGUUCUGCCCUACCAAGCAAAAAGGCAGUAACUGCUCAUAGUGUGGAACUGAGAAACUUUAGCUUCAUAGUUACCUAGUGGAGUUACUGCUAAUAUCAACCCCAUUUUCUCAAAAACAAUGCGAGGCAGGAUACUUGUAACGGAUGUGAAAUAGCUAGCUAGUUAGCGGUGGUGCGCGCUAAAUAGCGUUUCAAUCGGUGACGUCACUUGCUCUGAGACCUUGAAGUAGUGGUUCCCAUUGCUCU